UCUAUUUUCACAUCUAACUUUCUCACCUACUGAAAACCAUUUCUGUCUCUUGAAAUUCCUGUGUUUUCUUUUGGUGGUUUUGUAUUUCUUGACAAGUCUCUCUUUUUUUGGCAAUGGCGGAAGAAAAUGCACCAGAGCAUCAGGAUCGUGGGCUGUUCGGCUUGUUUGGGAAGAAGAAAGAAGAGGAGACACAUCAACAGCAUGACAGUGCUGUGGAUCCACAUGGGCAUGGACACGUGGCAGGUGUACGGCCACAUGAUCAAGGACACGUAGGUGAAAUUAGUCCUACCCCUGUGUCUCAUGGCUAUGUAGACGAGGUUCAUUCUACACCUGCGUCUCAUGGUCAUGUGGGCGUAGGUGAACCUCAUCCUAUGUUUGGCCAUGUAUCUGAACCUCACCUUACGCCUGUAUCUCAUGGUCAUGUAGGCGUAGGUGAGCCUCACCCUGUGUAUGGCCAGGUGGGCGAGGUUCACCCUGUACCUGUGUCUCAUGGCCAUGUAGGCGAGGCUCACCCUGUGCCUGUGUCUCAUGGCCAUGUAGAGGAGGGCAAGCCCUAUGGCGAAGGUGACAAGAAGAAACAUGAAGGGGGCCGCAUGGGAAAGCUGCAUCGCAACAACAGCUCUUCUGCUAGCUCUUCUAGCGACGAGGAAGAAGAUGAAAAUGGAGAGAAGAAGAAAAAGAAGGGUGGAUUGAAAGACAAGUUAAGGGUUCAUGGACGCCAAGAGAAGAAAGAGGAAGAUUACGGUCAUGGAAAGACUGAAGAAGAGGAAAAUUACGGUCAUGGAAAAACUGAAGAAGAGGGUGAGAAGAAGGGCCUGAUGGGAAAGAUCAAAGAGAAGCUUCCUGGACACCACAAAGUGGAAGAAACAGAGUAUUGAAAAGAAACUGGUUUUUUGGGUGGUUUCAUCUUAUAUUAAGUUGUGGUUAGCUAUGACUGUUUACCAUAUCCUGUUAAUUUGAAGCAUACUGUGGAUUGUAUGCGUGGUGUGUUUAUCUUCUAUUAUAUAAUAAGAAUGUAAUGGUGGUGCCUUUUUGUAA